UGUGAGGCACCAAUACCAUGGGCUAAAUUACCAGCACCUAUUUGCUGCGUCCCCUGCCAGAGCCUGAACUCCCCUGUUUACAGCCCUGACCUAACAUCCCAUUCUCCCCCAGCCAUGAUCCCAAAUCUGGCACUUUGAAAACCCUCAUCCCGCUUUUCUCACGAGACUGAGGUUUCACCCGUGGAUUGGAUGGGGACGACAAAGAGGAACAUCUUUUCCUGAGUGGGAUUUAAUAUCAGCUGGCUGAAACCACCCAAGUAAGAUUACACAAGCAAAAUCAAAGGACAUUCGGCUGAAGUGCCACCAUGGCUCAGGCAACUAAAGGUCCCGCAGUGAAGCCCAUCCCUCCCACUGCUGUAGAUGCCCCGGCUAGGGCAGUGCACCCAGACUCACUUACAGCCCGGAGCCAUGGAAUUUUACGAAUCAUGAAUUGCCCGGCACAAUGGGUGGUCAUCAUCACACUUCUGAUCUCUUGGUCAAUAGCAGGUGUUGUCAUGUUUGACUUUGUCAGUGACGAUCAGAUUGCAAGCAUCCAAGAUUUCGGCUCUGAUCCAGUGCUAGCAGUGAACAAAGCCAUUGAAGUCAUUGAAAACAGGAUAAACCAUAUGAAUGAUAUGUUUAAUGAUGCUCAAGAGCACGUCACUGAAAUAAUAUUUAAUCCGGUGGAAGCUAUUAGUUCAGCUGCUGACUCAUCUGUGUCUUAUCUGUCAGGAAUAUUUAGUGCCGAUGGAGAUUCAGGAAUCACUGAAACAGUGAAAUAUGGGGGCACUGUAUUGGAUGAGGCUACAGAAUGGAUCAAAUCCCCAGUGAGCUACGUAUUCCACUUAUUUGAAGACAUUCUGGAUAUAGUGGUUGCUCCAGUGGAUAUGGUCAGUGAAGCUCUUGUGCAAAUUUUAAGUGGGAUCAAGACUGUUAUACAGUGUAUUUCCACCAUGUUUGGGGGCAUUGAAGGGGACACAGGCAUCACUGAAACAGUGAAACUUGGUGGCACUGUAUUGGAUGAGGUUACUGACUGGAUUAGAUUCCCAGUGGCUUACUUAUUCCACUUAUUUGAAGAUAUCCUGGAUGUAGCAAUCAUCUAUCCAGCAGACAUUGCCAGUGAAGCAGCUCUGCAAAUUUUAAGUGGGAUCAAGACCAUUUCUUCAACCAUAUUCGGGAACCUUGAAGCUUGGUUUCCCAAAAUGAGCACUGAUCCUGCGGAGCUGGCUGAAAUAGUUGUAGAGGAGGCCGCAGAAGUAAAGACCACCGUUUCUAAUUACCUAUCCAGUCUGUUUGCAGCGGAUGAAGGUGGUAUUCCUGACCUUAGCUUUGAUCCCAUGAAAGUUGUCACAGACACUGUUGAGGAGUUUGAUGACAGGAGGGAUAUGUUCUUGGCUUAUCUCUCAAACAUGCUCAUGGAAGACAAAGAUGACACACCGCAAGUGAUAAGACGUAAAGGAGAAUUUCUGCCCCCUAUGGAAAAAGUUGCAGAAAUACUAGGCAAAACACAGGACCCUGCCUAUGCUGCCUACAUUGCUGUGAGAUCCACAGACAGUACUAAACAGGAAAUAAAAGAGGUUGAGGAGGAACGCGGUGAGGUAGAAGCUGCUGAAGAUACAACUGAAAAAGCUCAAGAUAUUGUGGACGUUACAACGGAGGAAGGGAGGGUUGAAACGGCUUGGGACAGCUCUGAUGUCACAGUUGAAGACGAUGAGGCUGCCUCCGAUGUCAUGGAGGAGGAUAAAACUGCUGGAACAGUUGAAGAUAUUGCAGAUGUUACAGAGGAGGAACCUUCUGUUAUGCAAGAAGACAUAGAUGGGGAAAUAGAACCUGAAAAGUUUGAGGAUAUCUCUGAUUUUGCAGAGGACGAAUCAACUGAUAUGACCUCUGAUGCUACAUAUGUGAAGGACAUGGAUGAUACCUCAGAUGUUGUAACAGCAGAUGAUGAAGUUACUGAAACAGUUGGAGAUAUUUUGGAUGUUACAGAGGAGGAACUUUCUGAUAUGGCAGAAGUCAUAGGUGAGGCAAAAGCAACUGAAAAGUUUGAAGAUAUCUCAGAUUUUGCAGAGGAUAAAUCAACUGAAACGACAUCUGAUGCUACAGAUAAGAAAAAUGUUGACGAUACCUCAGAUGUCGUUACAGAAGAAGAAGAAGUUACUGAAACAGUUGAAGAUGUAGAUGUUACAGUGGAGGAAACCUCUGAUAUACCAGAAGUCACAGAUGAGGAAACAGUGACUGAAAAGGUUGAAGAUAUAUCAGAUUUUGCAGAGGACAAAUCAACUGAAAUUACUGAAUCUGAUGCUACAGAUAUGAAAAACAUUGACGAUACCUCAGAUGUUGUUACAGAGGAAGAAGAAGUUACUGAAACAGUUGAAGAUGUAGAUGUUACAGUGGAGGAAACAUCUGAUAUUCCAGAAGUAUUAGAUGAGGAAAUAGCAACAGAAAAGUUUGAAGAUAUCUCUGAUUUUAAAGAGGACGAAUCAGCUGAAAAGACCUCUGAUGUGACCGAAGACAUUGAUGCUGUUACAGAGGAGGAAGUAGUUACUGAAACAGCUGAAGAUAUUCCAGAUGUUACAGAGGAGGAAACAUAUGACAUUCCAGAAGUCAUAGAUGAGGAAUUAGCAACUGAAAAGGCUGAUGAUAUCUUUGACUCCGUAGAGGACGAGUCAACUAUGAUAACCUCUGAUGUGACAGAAGACACUGAUUAUACCUCAGAUAUUGUUACAGAGGGAGAAGUUACUAAAUCAGUUGAAGAUAUUGCAGAUGUUACAGAGGAACCAUCUGAUAUGCCAGAAGUCAUCGACAUUGAUGAUACCUCAGAUCACGAUACCUCUGUAGUUAUAGAGGAGAAAGAAUCAACUGAAACAAUUGAAGAAGCAGCAAUUGAAACAGCAGAAGGUACUUCCUAUGUUACAACCAAAACUGAAUUAGACAAUACAGAUGAAAAUGAAUUUCAGAAAUAUCCCAGUGUUACAGAGGAGGAGGAAGAACCUGAAAAAGUUAAAGAUACUUCUGAUUUCUUAGGUGAGGAAGAAGAACCUGAGACAGAUGAAGAUACCAGCACUGAAGAAACAGCCGAAGAGUCACUAGAAAAUGAACAGCCACCUGAAUUGGCUGAAGCUACUCCAGAUACCAUCUGUGUAAAGGAAAAGACUGAAGCAACAGAACUUGAUGAUCUUGAAGUCCUGGGUAAGGAUGACAUGAAAGUGGAAGGCAAGGAGGAGAAGGAAGAUGUGGCAAUUGCUGAUGCUGAAAAGGGCACAAAGAACCUGGAGAAUGAUCUAGAUGAAGAUGAGGUUGAGGUUUUAAAAGAGGAGACUAAAGAUCAAACUAUCUUGGGAACCACUGCUGGUGAAGAUGACCAUGAUGAUGAAGAGGAGCUUGUCCUUUCUCCUGUCCAGCAGGAUCUAACAAACAGAGAUGAUGAAAAUAACAAUAACAAUGACAGGAAGAAAGAUGCCAUAAAAAGAGGCCUGAGCGGGAGAAAAACACCAAAGAGUCAUUCCACUGAAACAGAUGACCAAGAAGCGCACAAGCAUCUUCAUGAAGUUCUUGAACAAGUGAAAGAAGCCAAAGAGAAAAAAGCUAGAGAGGAGAUAUACAAAAUCAUUCAAGAUAUGAGGGAGAAGAAGGCUGAUGGUGAAGAGGAAGAGAUAACACUACAACAAAUAAACAUAACAGUAGAAAAAGUCAAGAAAAAAAAAGAACAUGAGAAAAAGGAGAUAGAAAAGGCUAAAAGAAAAGAAAAAUCCAAAGAGGACAAGACUCGAGAACCAACAAACAAGGACACCAAGAAAAAACCUGACAAAAAGGUCAAGGUGACUAAAGUGGAUGAGGAACCUCCUCUAAAAAAGAAGAAAUCUGGACCUGAGAAAAAGGUUAAACCAGCAAAGAAAGAUGUUGAGAUGGCCAAGGACAAAAUCAAAGCAGUACCUGUAAAGAAAGAAGCUGAAGUGGCCAAAAAAGAGAUCAAACCAGCACCAUCUAAGAAAGAGCCCGAAGUUACAAAAGAAAAGGCCAAACCAGCUCGUUCAAAGAAAGAAAAAGCUGAUGUUAUCAAAGAAAAGGCAAAACCAGCUCCAAAAGAAAAGGUUGCUGAGGUUGUCAAGAAAAAAGCUAAGCCAGUAAAGAAAGAACCUGAGGUUAUUAAAGAAAAGGUCCAGCCUGCACCUUCAAAGAAAGCUGAAGCUCCCAAGGAAAAAGCUAAACCUGUGAAGAAAGCUGAAGCCAAGGAUAAACCACCAGCACCUGUUAAAAAAGAAGCUGAAGUCGCUGUCGAAAAAGCAAAACUUGCUCCUGUAAAGAAGGAGCCUGAGGUUCCCAAAGAGAAGGCCAAACCGGAGCCCUCAAAGAAAGCAGCUGAAGAGAAAGAAAAACCUGUCCCUGUGAAGAAAGCCGAAGCCCCCAAAGAGAAAGAGAAAGCUGUUCCAGUAAAGAAAGAGGCUAAAGCUCCCAAGGACAAAAUUAAACCGGCCCUUUUGAAGAAAGAGCCUGAUGUUUCUAAGGAGAAAGAAAAACCACCAACUGCCAAGAAAGAAGGGAAGCCAACAACUGCUCCUGUUAAAAAAGAGCCUGCAGUUGCAGAAGAGAAAGUCAAACCAGUACCUUCAAAGAAAGAUACUGAAGCUACUAAGGAGAAAGUGAAACCAGCCCCAGUUAAGAAAGAGCCUGAGGUUUCCAAAGAAAAAGCCAAGCCAGAACCUUCAAAGAAAGAGGCUGAAGCUGUUGAUGAGAAGGCUAAACCAGCACCAGUUAAAAAAGAACCUGAAAUUAUUAAAGAAAAGGAGAAACCUCCAAAGAAAGAAGCUGUAAAAGAAAAGCCCAAACCUGCUUAUGUAAAGAAAGAACCUGAAGUUCCAAAAGAAAAAGCAAAACCUGAACCUACCAAAAAAGAGGCAAAAGUUGCCAAGGACAAACUUAAACCUGUCGCUGUGAAGAAAGAACCUGAAGUUACCAAAGAGAAAGCCAAACCAGAACCUGCAAAGAAAGAGGCUAAAGUUGUCAAGGAGGAAGCUAAACCAGCUCCUGUAAAGAAAGAGGCUGAAGUCAUCAAAGAUGUUAAACCAGCCCAUGAGAAGAGAGAGGUCAUCAAGGAGAAAGUUAAACCGGCUCCUGUAAAGAAAGAGCCUGAAUUUGCUAAAGAAAAGACACCUGAACCAAAACCCAAAAUAGAGCCUGAAGUUAUCAAAGAGAAACCAGCACCUCCAAAGAAAGCUGAGGUUCCAAAGGAAAAGGCAAAGCCAGUCCCAGAAAAGAAAGCACCUGAAAUAAUCAAAGAAAAACCAAAGCCAGCUCCAAAGAAAGAAGCUGAAGUCAUCAAAGAGAAAGUAAAACCAGCCCCUGAGAAGAAAGAGGCUGAAGUCAUUAAGGAGAAAGUAGCUCCUGUAAAAAAAGAGCCUGAAGUUGCAAUUAAAAAGGCACCUGAACCAAAACCGAAACCCACAGAGAAAGUUGAGGUUCCAAAGGAAAAGGAAAAACCAGUUUCUGAAAAGAAAGCAGCAGAACCUGAAAUAACCAAAGAAAAACCCAAACCUGUGCCAAAGAAGGAGGCUGAAGUCAUCAAAGAGAAAGUUAAACCAGCUCCUGAGAAGAAAGAGCCUGAAGGCAUUAAGGAAAAAGUUAAACCAGCUCUUGAGAAAAAAGAGGCUGAAGUCAAGGAGAAAGCAAAACCAGCUCCUGUAAAGAAAGAAACUGAAGUUAUCAAAGAAAAAGCCAAACCAGCCCCUGAGAAGAAAGAGGCUGAAGUCAUCAAGGAGAAAGCUAAACCAGCCCCUAAGAAGAAAGUUCCUCUAAAGAAAGGUGUUUCUGCUUUAAAGGCUGACGUCAUCAAAGAGAAAGCUAAGCCAGCCCCUGAGAAGAAAGAGGCUGUAAUCGUUAAGGAGAAAGCUAAACCAGCCCCUGAGAAGAAAGAGGCUGAAGUCAUCAAGGAGAAAGUUCAGCCAGCUCCUGUAAAGAAAGAGCCUGAAGUUACUAAAGAGAAAGCUAAACGGACCCCUGGGAAGAAAGAGGCUGAAGUCAUCAAAGAGAAAGCUAAACCAGCCCCUGAAAAGAAAGAGGCUGAAGUCAAGGAGAAAGCUAAACCAGCUCCUGUAAAGAAAGAGCCUGAAGUUGCUAAAGAAAAGGCUCCUGAACCAAAACCCAAAAAAGAACCUGAAGCUGUUAAAGAGAAAGCUAAACCAGUCCCUAAGUUGAAAGAAGCUGAUGUCAUCAAGGAAAAAUCUAAACCAGCCCCUGAGAAGAAAGAGGCUGAAGUCAUCAAGGAGAAAGCUAAACCAGCUCCUGUAAAGAAAGAGCCUGAUGCUGUUAAAGAAAAGGCUCCAGAACCAAAACCCAAAAUAGAGGCUGAAGUCAUCAAAGAGAAAGCUAAACCUGUCCCUAAGAAGAAAGAGGCGGAAAUUAUCGAGGAGAAAAUUAAACCAGCUCCUAUAAAGAAAGAGCCAGAGGUUCCUAAAGAAAAGACACUUGAACCAACACCAGAACCUGCAAAGAGAGUUGAAGCUCCAAAGGAAAGGGCGAAACUAGUCCCUAAAGAAAAAGCACCUGAGAUAACUAAAGAAAAACCAAAACCAGCACCAAAGAAAGAGCCUGAAGUCAAGGAAAAGGCUAAACCAGCCCCUGAGAAGAAAGAGGCUGAAGUCAUCAAGGAGAAAGUUAAACCAGCUCCUGUAAAGAAAGAGCCUGAGGUUCCUAAAGAAAAAGCUCCUGAACCAAAACUCAAAAGAGUACCUGAAGUCAUCAAAGAGAAAGUAAAACCAGCCCCUGAAAAGAAAGAGGCUGAAGUCAAGGAGAAAGCUAAACCAGCCCCUGAGAAGAAAGAGGCUGAAGUCAUCAAGGAGAAAGUUAAAACAGCUCCUGUAAAGAAAGAGCCUGAAGUUCCUAAAGAAAAGGCUCCUGAACCAAAACCCAAAAAAGAAGCAGAAGUCAUCAAAGAGAAAGUAAAACCAGCCCCUGAGAAGAAAGAGGCUGAAGUCAUCAAGGAAAAAGUUAAACCAGCUCCUGUAAAGAAAGAGCCUGACGUCCCUAAAGAGAAGGGACCUGAACCAAAACCCAAAAGAGAAGUCAUCAAGGAGAAACCUAAACCAGCACCUGAAAAGAAAGAGACUGAAGUCAUCAAGGAGAAAGUUAAACCAGCUCCUGUAAAGAAAGAAGUCAUCAAGGAGAAACCUAAACCAGUGCCUGAAAAGAAAGAGGCCGAAGUCAUCAAGGAGAAAGUUAAACCAGCUCCUGUUAAGAAUGAAGUCAUCAAGGAGAAACCUAAACCAGUGCCUGAAAAGAAAGAGGCCAAAGUCAUCAAGGAGAAAGUUAAACCAGCUCCUGUUAAGAAAGAAGUCAUCAAGGAGAAACCUAAACCAGUGCCUGAAAAGAAAGAAGCUGACGUCAUCAAGGAGAAAGUUAAACCGGCUCCUGUAAAGAAAGGGCCUGAAGUUGCUAAAGAAAAGGUACCUGAACCGGCACCAAGAAUAGCACCUGAGAUAACCAAAGAAAAGCCAAAGCCAGCACCAAAGAAAGAGGCCGAAGUCAUCAAAGAGAAAGCUAAACCAUCUCCUGAGAAGAAAGAAGCUGAAGUCAUCAAAAAGAAAGUUAAACCAACUCCUGUAAAGAAAGAGCCUGAAGUUGCUAAAGAAAAGGCACCUGAACCGGCACCAAAAAUAGCACCUGAGAUAGUCAAAGAAAAGCCAAAGCCAGCACCAAAGAAAGAGGCUGAAGUCAUCAAAGAGAAACCUAAACCAGUUCCUGAGAAGAAAGAGGCUGAAGUCAUCAAGGAGAAAGUUAAGCCAGCUCCUGUAAAGAAAGAGCCUGAAGUUCAUAAAGAAAAGGCACCUGAACCAGUGCCAGAACCUACAAAGAAAGUUGAGGUUCCAAAAGAAAAGGCAAAACCAGUUCUUAAAGAAAAGGAACCCAAAAUAACCAAAGAAAAGCCAAAGCCAGCACCAAAGAAAGAAGCUGUAGCCAUCAAAGAAGAAGCUAAAGCAGCCCCCGUGAAGGAAGAGGCUGAAAUUGUCAAAGAGAAAGCUAAAGCAACCCCUGUGAAGAAAGAGGCUGAAGUCAUCAAAGAGAAAGCUAAACCAGCUCCUGAGAAGAAAGUGUCUGAAGUCUUCAAGGAGAAAGUUAAGCAAGCGCCUCUAAAGAAAGAGCCUGAAGUCUCGAAAGAAAAGUUAUUAGAGCCAACACCUAAAAAAGAUGAUGUUGGUCUUACUGGUUUGAACUUGGAACUCCUGAACUCUAUCAACCAAAAACUGUCUCUUCUGGACUUACUGAGGAAGGACAUUGGUGAAAUGAAGAGUGAUCUGGAGUCCACUCAAAAUCAAAUCACACUUUUACGGAUGGACAACAGAACAAUCAAAGAGCCAGAGACUGUCGGUGUAAAGGUAAAAGCAGCGGUCUCCAAGGAAAAGCUGAAAACAGCAAAAAAAGACCGUGAUGCUCUGAUGAACGUUACUAAGACAGCACAUAUUAAAACAGAACGUGAUGCACUAAAAAACAUCACUAAACCAGCACCUGCAAAGAAAGAUAAAGAGGCUCCAAAAGCUAACAUCAGACCAGAGCCCAAAAAGAAAGAAAUCACCCGUGAGAAGGUCAAAGAAGAAAAGGAACCUUUAAAGAAAGAACCUGAGCAGGUCAAAGAAAGAGUAGUCAAGCCAACUGAGAAGGAACCUGUUGUGGACAAGGAAGUAAAAAGAGAAGAACCUGAUGUCACCAAAGAUAUUCCAGAGAUAGAGGAGGAGGACGUUCCCUACUUCCAGUGUUUCUUUGUGGAUGAGGAUGAUACUCAGUAUCCGUUCUUCCCCUUUUCACCACCGCUGUGGUGAGUCCAGACAAACCUCGCAGUCUGAUGUUAAACAACAUGGCAAAGCCAGUGAAGACGGACCUGUGAACGCUGAGGAACCUGCUGCUCUGAUGCAGUGGAGAGCUUCACAGUAGGUCCUACAGCAUUACACCAGCAACGACUUCCUGGAUUUUAAAACUGGAAAACAUCCUUCUCAAAUAAUUUGUCAUUUUGAAGGACAGAGAUUGCAAAUGUUGCACUAUUUAUUAUAUAAUCUUAAGGCUAUCCCUCUUUUUAUUAAUACCAUGGAUUUGCCUUUUGUUUCAGAAUGAUUAAUAUCUAUUUAUGUCCAAGAAAGAAUGUGAGUAUAGUUUGUCCAGACAGCACUGACUUGAAGUAAUGAAAGAACUAACUUCCUUUCUGAACACUGCAGUGGGUUCAGGAUCGUAAUAUUUUAUACAUACAAGGUACAUAACCUCAUUUUGAUGGGGUGCUAAUUCAAAGCAUUCCACUUUGUUUUCUGUCAGAAUGGGGUUUGAAAGUUGUUCACUGUUCGCACAACUGGAAGGGAGGAUAUAAUUAAUCAAGAAAUAAGUAAACAACGAUUUCAUGUAUCUUUUCUUAGUAAAACUGUUUACUAAACCGUUUACAGAAGUAACAACUGCACUGAGAAAUAAGAGCUUUCCACCGUAAGCUCAGUUCCUCUGAAUGUAUACAUAAUUUUAUUCAUUUUUAUUUUACUUUUUAUUUUUGUUUUAUUUCUCUCCUUUUUUUAGCUUUCCGUACAUUUUAUUUCAUAUAACUUGUCAAACUUUUUAUAAAUCACAGAGGAAACAAAUAUGUUUUAUUUAGUGCUCUUUAUAAAUGAACACACUGGAUUUUGCAUAACAAAAUGAAACUAAAAUGUGGUGCUAAAUCCAAGAAAAUGCAUUAAACAUCAAUGCAACUGCAUUGUUUUAAUAUAUUACAUUGCAAACCCUACUGUUUUUACAUUUCUCCGCAUAACAAUAGUUGUUAGAUAACAGUAGUAUGUAAGAUAAUGUCUGUAAAAAUGUGGAUGUGUUUUUGCAAUGUUACAUGGAUAGUCCUACCUAACAUAGAGCAGCCAAUUAAAUGGCAUUCUGAAUUGUCUAUUGCACAUUAUACUCAUACAGAAGAUAAAAUCAUGUGCCAGAUGAAAUGUAUUGCAUGCAACCUCAGUGUUUCUCAGCACUGCCCCUGGUGGCUCGCUGGCUCAUUACUUCAUUACUUGAUUUAAUGAUGUUAGUGAGUGUUUAAUGGUGUGUACUAGUGAGACACACCAUUAAACUAGUGUGCCGGUGGGCCGCCCCGGAGACAUUUCUUUUACUGCCGCUGUCUUUUCUGCAGGAGUUCAGCAUGUGGCUCCAUUGAGGAUAAACUCAUGUCUGUACAAAGAGCUUUUUUUCUCUGAUGUAUAGUAACUUAGGGUGACUGUAGAUUCUAUUUUCCCCAGACAUGUCCUGGCCAGGAUUUCUAAAUGGCCCAAAAUGUCUGAGUUUUGGCUUUUUUUUUGUACUUGCUGAAGGUAAUGACUGAAAAGUAGUUUGUGCAGGCAUUGUGCUUAAUUGACCAAUUGUUGCGUGCAAGAAGGUGGGAUGCAGAGAACGGUCAAAGCAAUGCAAAUACAUAUAAUGUAUGAGGACUGUAAAUAGCAUGUCAGUAAG